AUGCUUAAGAAUUUCCUAUCUUGGGCCGAUUUGAUAGUUUUGCAAGUUCAGUCCUCAGUAGUUUUUUUCCUUGUCAUUCUUUUAUUUUUUUCCUUCUUUCUUUCUUUUCUUUUCCUUGAUUUUGCCAGAACUUUGUCUACUUCUUCCUUUGUUAUUCCUUAUUUUCUUUCUUCCAUCAUAACUUACUUUCCUAUCUUCUUUUUUUCUUUUUUACUUUCCUAUCUUUUUCUUUUUUUCUUUUUUACUUUCCUAUCUUUUUCUUUUUUACUUUCCUAUCUUUUUCUUUUUUACUUUCCUAUCUUUUUCUUUUUUAAUUUCCUAUCUUUUUCUUUUUUACUUUCCUAUCUUUUUCUUUUUUACUUUCCUAUCUUUUUCUUUUUUUCUUUUUUACUUUCCUAUCUUUUUCUUUUUUCUUUUUUACUUUCCUAUCUUUUUCUUUUUUUCUUUCCUAUCUUUUUCUUUUUUACUUUCCUAUCUUCUUUUUUCUUUUUUACUUUCCUAUCUUCUUUUUUCUUUUUUACUUUCCUAUCUUCUUUUUUCUUUUUUACUUUCCUAUCUUUUCUUUUUUCUUUUUUCUUUCCUAUCUUUUUCUUUUUUUCUUCUUUACUUUCCUAUCUUUUUCUUUUUUUCUUCUUUACUUUCCUAUCUUUUUCUUUUUUUCUUCUUUACUUUCCUAUCUUUUUCUUUUUUUCUUCUUUACUUUCCUAUCUUUUUCUUUUUUACUUUUAUUUUUAUCACUUAUUCAUUUUUGUCUCCUCUUUCUAUAAAAAAAAUUAA